ACUUAUUCAGAAAUGACUAAACUGUACAUAAUUAAGAGUUCAUUGGCAGUGUACGACAAUCACAUGUUUAAUUUUGUGUCUGUGCUUCUAAUUUUAUUAAAUUACCGUCACACGUUCCUUCACAUUGUUCCGCGUAAAUGCUUUAAGGAUCAGGUGGAACCCGAUACCAUGUAUUCAAGAGUUCAUCCAAAGGAAAGAGGCACACACGUUUCCAUAAUACAUUCGUACUAAAUAUCAUAUCUGGUUUCGGAUCAGAUGUGAAACGUGCAAUUACACGUCUGAAAACCGAGAUAUUUCCGAGAUUAUUUGAUCAGUUACGCAUUGUUUGAAGUUGCUAGGAAGCAGGAGUCACGUGACUAUAAAUAAUAUGUGGAUCCGUUUAAAAUUCGUCCGAUCGUCGAGGAUUUGAAUCAUCUGUCCAAGGAUAAUUCUUCAGCGAGAAACCGUGCGUGUGUAUCAAGAGUGCAUUGAUUGUUCAUUGGUCAACGUGAGGGAUAACGAUCGUUUCUGGAAAUUCUUUAGUGAUCUAGGUUAAAUAAAAUCGUGAUCCGAGUCAUAUGCGGGAAAGAACCUGAAGGUGGCGAACACUGUGAAGCACGACAGCGCUAUCUAUAUCGUUGGGAGGAGCAAGCGUGGCUAAUCAAAGCACCAAAAGGAAUAUGAGUAGUUCUGAGGAGGUAUCCUGGAUUUCAUGGUUCUGCAACCUCCGGGGCAAUGAGUUUUUCUGCGAGGUUGAUGAGGAUUAUAUCCAAGAUAAAUUUAAUUUAACUGGAUUAAAUGAGCAAGUACCACAUUAUAGACAAGCCUUAGACAUGAUACUUGAUCUCGAGCCGGUAUCUCUUUUUGGUAAUCUAGAUGAUGAAAUUGAAGAACCAAAUCAAAAUGAACUGGUCGAACAGGCGGCAGAAUUGCUUUAUGGUUUAAUUCAUGCCCGUUAUAUUCUCACCAAUCGAGGCAUCGCCCAGAUGGUAGAGAAAUAUCAGGCCGGUGAUUUUGGUCAUUGCCCGCGUGUCUAUUGCGAAUCUCAGACCAUGUUGCCAAUAGGUCUGAGCGAUGUUCCUGGGGAAGCAAUGGUAAAAGGUUAUUGUCCGAAAUGUAUGGAUGUUUAUACACCAAAAAGUUCACGGCAUCAUCAUACUGAUGGAGCAUAUUUUGGAACUGGAUUUCCACACAUGCUUUUUAUGGUUCACCCAGAGUAUCGACCAAAACGUACAACAAAUCAAUUUGUACCUAGGUUAUAUGGCUUUAAAAUUCAUCCUUUAGCGUAUCAGAUUCAACAACAGUCUGCAUCAACGUUUAAAACACCGCUGCGGUCUAUUAACUACAAUAAUGGAAAACGUUAAGAGUGUUACGACAUAGCCUAGAACAUUUUUUUCAUUAAUCAUAAUACAAUUCCUAAUUUCGUCCCUAAGGAUUAAAUAAAAUAUUAUUUUUUAUAUCGCUCUUUAUACAUCUUAGCAAGGCGCUGGAAAACUAUUCGUUUCGUUCAACUAUCGAUUACGACAUUAAGCGCAACACUCUAUACUUUUCGGGUUUUUCCACGGUAUUAUAGUAUGCCGAAAAGAUUAAAGGGUGAUAUAUCAAAUUUUUAAUGCUCUUUAAGCGCCGUGCUCGUCUUUAUUUCAAUCUUAGUAACAAUUUUCCUUUCGUGUUGAAAAUUAUAUGUGUAUCGUUACAUCAAGUCUUGUCCAUUAAAGCAAACGAUAAAAUGCAUACUUAGGUUAAUUACUAGAACAUAAGGGAGCAGAUGAGAAUCGUGAGUAGAAUAUAUCCGUUUAGUUGAGUUUCGCAUCUCCGAGAUUGCUGUCUAUUAGUUUUUAUGCAUAAGGAAGUUCACAGUUGAAAAUAAGAUUGUGAAUAACAGAGGGACGGAUAGCAUCGGAUUCUGACUUCUGAAGCAGAGCGAACGAUACAUGAAUCGACAGUUUGUUAAAUAUAAUUUAAUUUAACUAUGGAGUAAUACGGACUUCAAGUGCGGAAGAAACAAUUUAUUUAUACAUGGUUUAUCUUAAUAAAGCUCAGAUAAAAAAGA